AUGGCGAUGUCACCCUUCCACAUGCUAUCGAGCCACAGCAGCGACCUGCAGAGCGAGUCGGAGGAGCUCGAGGUAUGCUGCAUUUGCCUCGACUCGCUUUGCACACGGCCUGUGGUGGUGAUGCUGAAGCCCGGUGGUCAAAGCCUUUGCUGUCCCCACUAUCUCCAUGCCGAGUGCGCCGAGCGGCUGAGACCGAGGCGCUGCCCGAUUUGCCGAAGCAGAUUCGGCUCCCUUUCCAUACCUAUGGCCAGGGAGAUGCUGCAGGACAUGGCGCCAGCACGCAUCAUGACCGGGUUACGUUUUCUGGCUGGCUCUGAACAAGGUGAGACUGUGGAGAGUGAGGCCACCGUGCCAGUGCGUGUCGCCAUCCCGUUGCUCUCAGCGCUGCUGCCGCUGCGGCAGGCGACGCUGGCUGCUUAUGUGGAGCAGGAGGUGCUGCGAGGCGACCAAACCGGUCUUGGCCCAGACGGCCUCAAGAAGGUCUUGCGCCGCGUGGGCCUGGGGCAGGGGGGGAGGCCGUCCGGCGGCGCAGCUGGCGGCUUGCAGGCGGAAGGAUACUCCCUGGCCUUGCGCCUUUCGCGGCGUUUGCGGCGGCUGGCUCUGAAAUUCGCGGGGGCCACAGGCGCUGCGCUACACCUCGGCGCCGUCGGAAUGCUUUGCGGUAUGCUGGUGGGCUGCCUUGGCGCGCUGCCAAGGAUCAGGCUGCGGCACGUCCGCAACAACAUUGAAGACCUGGACGAGUUCAACUCGAUGAGGGUGCUGCUGCUCUACGUGGUGACGGUGAUAGCACUGGAGCUUCUGUUGCUCAGCAUCCGCGAUCCACGAUGGGUCAAGCGAGGACUUCGGGUCGGUGCAAUGCUGGGUGCCGUGCUGGGCUGGCUCCGGGCUCUGGCUGUCGUGGACCCUGAUCGGCAUGGCUUCGGGCGAGUUUUUCAGCAGGGCCUUUCGGGGGAGACCACCUGGCCGAGACACUGGCGCAUUCUAGAGGUGACUGGUGCUCCCAUGGAGAAGGUGGACAUUUUCACGCAACGUGGUCGGUGA